GCGAGAGGUCUCCAGCAAGGGGCGUAGUGGAGAGGGUCCCUCCCGGAAGAGGCCAUACAUAUAUACUGCCCAGUUGCAGUUUCUCAGACCCGUAAUGGACUUGAGGCCUACUGUGGACAGUCUGGAACCCUCUGGGGAGUCGUCGACAGAUGGAAGUGAAACCCCAGCUGUUUUCUCCCCUGCAAUUAGUCCGGAACCGACGCCAGCAGAGGAGCCGGAGGAGUCGUCACAGGGCCAGCACCAACAGCCCAGUCCACCCCGUGUCAGGCAGCCGCACCGAAGACGCCCCCGCCAAGUCCCUCCCUCCACCUCUGUGCCAGAGAGUCGGGAGGUUAUUGACGCACGCGUCAUUGAUUUUCUGGCACAGAGGCGGAGUGACGGAGUGGAGGAGAAGAUGCUUCGCGGAUUGGCGCCCCUUCUGAAAAAAGUGCCGGAACCGGACCACAACGCAUGCGUGGCUUCUAUAGCGGUGGUCAUGAAGAUGUUCGCCAUCCCAAAUCAUGGGGACAUCCUGGGCCAUUUGAACAGAUGGAUGGUGGAUCUUGAAAAUGAGGGGCAACCCCAAGUGGCCGGCCAAUUUGGACGGGAAAGGCAACCAACUCAGGCGCCUUCUUUUGCCCCACACCCCCACCAAAAAAAGAAUUUCUGUGAAACCAAUUCUCAAAGGUUAACGAUACAGCAAAAAAAUGAAAAUGAGUGCUUUCAAAGACUCAAACAGAUGGUGAAACUGAAAGGUUACGAUGAAAGGAUAGUAAAGUUAGUGAAGACUAAAGCUACAGAGAAUGAAAUGUGUCAGAUAUACCGGGGAGGCUAUGCAGCAAUGAAUCAGGUCUCCAAUCAGCCCUUUGAGUUUUCUCUGAUAUCUCCUCUACAAAGAAGAUUAAAAGAACGAUUUAACAAGAUUGGUACAUUCUAG